AAUGUCGGAAUGGCGCACGUCUGUGAUCGAGCUGCUAUCGGCGAUGACGAUCGUCGCUGCGAAUUUUGCAGCAAACUAUUCAUACUGAGGAAGAACAUGCUGCAACACAUCAGGAGCGUUCACAAGAUGGCCGUGGAUGUCAAGAAAUUGAUGAAAUGCGACGUAUGUGGCACUUCCCUGCCUACAAUGGAGAAGUAUUCGGUGCACCAGAUCGCUGCGCACAACUUCGAGGCUGAUUACGUGCACCUGGUGUACCGGAACAAUAAGGAAUUUCAUGAAUGGAAAGCAGAAGAAGAGGGUAGCCAAAACUGCUGGUUCAUUUUGCCCAGGGACCCCAAAAAGCUGGCCAGUGGAGAAACAAGGAUCCACUAUUACUGUAAUAGAUCAGGCGAGGCAAGGAAAAAGGAAGGUCAUAGUGACCGUCGGGAGAAAAGUCAGGGGAGCUGUAGGUCUGGUAAGAUAUGUCUUUCAUUUAUUACCGUCACAAUUACCGUCCGACACCUGAAGGCACCACCAUAAAAGUCAGGUAUCAAAGAAACCAUUACGGUCAUAAACCAGAAAUUCAGCACUUGAGAAUGAGUGACAAGGAAAAGGCCAGCGUAGCAGAGAACCUAGAAAGGGGUGUGCCCAUGAAAACCAUUCUAAAGCGAGUAAGUACAUCUGUGGCAUCCAAGCUGAGGCCCGUGCACUUGGCAGAGUGCUCAACCCUGCAUAACAUCAAACAGCAGUUUAACAUUGCUGCUCCUGAACAUUGUCACACUAAUGACGCUAUCAGUGUAGACAUGUGGGUGCUUGUGAUGAAAGAAAAAGGUGAAACACUUGUCCGCCUGUACAAGGCACAAGGUGCAGUGGACCCAAGUGGUACAUUUCCUUCAGCAGACUUUGCUCUUGUUCUGAUGACAGAGUCUCAGAAGGAGCUACUAGAAAAAUUGGGCUCUGCAGGUACUGUAUGUCUUGACUCCACACAUGGAACUACAGAGUACCAGUUUGAGCUGACCACUCUUCUGGUGCUAGAUAAAAUAGGAUCAGGUGUAGCUAUAGCUUAUUUCAUCUGCAACCGGAUGAACGAGCAAACUUUGACAGCAUUCUUCAAAUAUCUGGAGUCGGCCAUGGCCAAAAAAGUAGCUGCUAAGACAUUGAUAUCUGAUGAUGCGUCGCAAUUCUACAAAGCAUGGUCCAUGGUCGUGGGUGCCGCAAAACAGAAACUUCUCAGUGCCUGGCAUGUGGAUAACAAUUGGCGUAAGAAGAUACUCGAGUGUGUAGAGAAACAGCUAAGGCCACAUGUUUACCAUAGUGUGUGGCUACUAUUAGAGUUCCUCGCGGAAAAGGCAUUUGAAGAUUAUUUUAAGCAAUUCCUUUCUAGUGAGGAAGAAAAACUGAGGGACUUCCUGAAGUACUUCAAUGACCACUAUGCAGUUAGGCCGCAAGAGUGGGCCUAUAGCUUUAGGACUAGAGCAGCUGUCAACACUAACAUGCACCUUGAGAGCAAGCGCAGGACGUUAAAGCAUACUAUGCUGGAGAGAAAACAGAAUAAGCAUGGUGACAAACUUAUUUCUGCCCUCAUGGACUUGACAAAUCAUUUUUUAAUGAAAAGGGCUAUCCAGAUGAUGAAAGGGGCAAAGGGUAAGAAGAUGAGCAGAAUUCAGAAGAACCACAGGUCUGGCAGUGAAAUGGCAGCUUGUGCCAAAUUAAAUGAAGAUGGCUGUGCCAAAUUAAAUGAAGAUGGCAUAUAGACUGUGCCAUCUCAGUCUAUUAAAGGGCUCUCAUAUAAAGUGUCAAAAGUGGGAGAUGGUGCUUGCUGUCCUUUGAGGUGUAAGGAAUGUGCAGUGUGUGUGCAUACUUACAUGUGCACUUGCUGUGACCAUCUUAUACACUUUACAGUGUGCAAGCACAUUCACUGUGUGGUCAUCGCUAAUCCAACUAGCAGCAACAAGGCCCAUGAGAGCUCACCCGAAGAAGCAUGUGAGGCAAGUCGGGCAUUGCACAUUGUACAGAGUAUAACAAAGCUGGAAGCAGCCAAAGCAGUGUAAAGCUCAGCACUCUUAAGAGCAAAAAUGGACUCGGUCAGACAGGCAAUAUCAGAUGGUGAAGUCUCUGAGGGUGUGGCUGAGAAGGCAAACAAUUUGUUUGAGCCAGUUUUCAUGCUUGUUGAAAGUGAAAGUGACCCAAAAAGAAAGAUGCCAGACCAUUCAAAUGAACCAGCCAACAAAAAAGUUGUGCACCUGUUAAGAUUUCACUCUACAAAAAACCCUAGAUUGUCGCAGCCAUCAUCUAGCCUUUCAAGGCCCACUGAAGCUCAAAAGGAAGUCCUUAAAUAACAGCUUAGGGACAGCAACAUAGAAACGAGAUAACCAUGUCAGCAGGGCACGAUUACUGGUAACAAGCCUCCAGUGCAGUUAGGAAGAGAGAAGUGGUGCAGUAGUGCUGUGCUGUCAUGCCUGUCAAGACUAUGCAGAAAGCUUUAGGCCACUCUACAUAUCAGAUCAGUUUUAUAUUGCAUCCCUUAUGGUGCAUCUCUUACUUGAGUAGGCAUAAUAACAAUUGGCAAUGCUUCCUUACACAUUUAAUAUUUUUCUUUUUUUCUUUUGGAAGAGUAGCCUUCGAAGAAUAAUCUACAACAGUGCUCCUACCUUCUCUUUCACUGUCUCCCCAUUUCUUUUCUACACUUCAACUUCAUUCUACGCACUUUCUUAUUCUCCUCUUCAUCCUACAUUGAGGGUGUGGGAAAGUGAGCUAAGCGUGCAUAAAGAUUGCUGUGCCGAACUUAAUUGCGGCACUGACGAAAACAAAUCUUUGUCAAAAGGUUCACUCCAGCUACAUUCCCCCUGCAAACACUGUUUAUCACUUCAAGCCUUCAUAUUCCUGUGAGCUUUUGUCUUGUUUAACAGUUGUAACAGUCAUACUAUUUAUUACUAUCAAUAGCCAGCAUACAUUUAGCACUGCAAAGGGCUGUUUAGAAGAUGUGCGAGUUUCUACUUCCCUUAUGAUAAAUACUCCAGACAUUCAGUCUUUAUUUUAUGAAAAUCUUUCAAACAUUGCCAGUGAUGACCACCAUAUAGGUUAAUGUCGGCAUGGGACUGAGGCUUUCCCGCAAAAAGAACAGUUAUGUUGUACUCAUAUCAUGUGACUGGCAGUUUCUGCUGUAAUUUUUGCACUUGUCAACUGCACUGUGAAGAGUUCAUUUCUGUGAAUAUGUGCUGGCCUGAUUCUUCUUGUUCAUGCA